AUGACUUCUGAGCAAGAUCACAUCCCUAAGCCGGGCCAAUGGCCUGUCGACCCUCAGGAAGCCUUGCCUAUUUCCGACGAUCGUAUCUGGGUUGAUGGAUGUUUUGAUUUCACCCACCAUGGCCAUGCUGGCGCCAUGCUUCAGGCUCGUCGUCUCGGCAAGGAACUUUACGUGGGGAUCCAUUCCGACCAAGAGAUAUUGGAAAACAAGGGACCAACUGUCAUGGCCUUAGAUGAACGAGUCGCAGCUGUUGACGCUUGCCGUUGGGCAACUCAAAGCGUUCCUUAUGCCCCUUACGUGACCUAUCUGCCAUGGGUGUCUCACUACGGCUGUAAAUAUGUAGUUCACGGCGAUGACAUCACAUCCGAUAGCGACGGCAAUGACUGCUACCGAUUUGUCAAGGCUGCAGGUCGCUUCAAGGUGGUGAAGCGAACUCCCGGUAUAUCGACAACAGACCUGGUAGGCCGUAUGCUUCUAUGCACGAAGAACCAUUUCGUCAAGUCUGUCCGUGGCACACUGGCUGGUGAUGAAGGCUCAGGAAGCUCAGAGGAACGCAAGGCAUUUGCAGAGGAUCUUUUGCAGCGGAUCAAGGACUAUUCGACGGAUGAGAGUGGCCUACAGCCUGGCCCCCAAGUUUGGACCUGGUCUGGGUCUGGUACAGCCAAGAUUGAGCAUACCGUCGAAGAGAAGGGCUUAUUCACAAAAAUGGUUAAUGGAAAGGACGUAAAGCCUGGUCAGCGUAUCGUCUAUGUUGACGGAGGCUUUGACCUGUUCUCAUCUGGCCACAUUGAAUUCCUCCACAAAGUGACCGAGUUGGAGGAAGCCGAAGGUCGUAGCCGUGGCUGGUAUGAGCCUAAGCAAAAGGAGAAGCGCAUUAAAGAGCACGACGAGGAUUACGGCCCUGCAUAUAUCAUUGCUGGUAUCCACGAUGACGAUGUCAUCAAUCAUUGGAAGGGUCUGAACUACCCUAUCAUGAACAUUUUCGAGCGUGGGCUCUGUGUUCUCCAAUGCAAAUACAUUAAUGCUGUCGUCUUUUCUGCACCAUUUGCUCCCACUCAGGCAUACUUGAAGACUCUGCCACUUGGCGUGCCCGAUGUUGUUUACCACGGGCCUACCACUUUCAUCCCACUGACCUAUGAUCCGUAUACUGGCCCGAAGGAGAUGGGAAUCUUCCGGGAAGUUGGUAACCAUGCCUUCCAACAUGUGAACGCAGGCGAGAUUGUCGAUCGAAUCUUGAAGAGCCGAGAAGCGUACGAAGCUAGACAACGGGCCAAGCUGGAAAAGGCAGUGGUGGAAGAUCAAGUGAAGUUACAGGAGCAGGCCUCGGCAUAA